GAGAGUGCUAGACAGGGAGGAGAGGAGAACAGAGGACAGUUGGCUACACUGCUCAAAUGCAGUCGGAGGUUGGGAGGCGAGGAGGAUGAGUGAGCGUGGGGGAAGGAGAAGAGACAAAGGGAGAUCACAUCGCUGUUUUUGUUCAAGAGAAACGAGGGAAGAGAGUGAUCUACACGGAAACGAGAAAGCAAGGAGAGCCCAACCAUGACUCUGUCAUUUUUCAGCCAGAGGAAGCAAGUCAACGGAUAACAGCAAGAGCUCCUUUUCCUCUGUCAGGGAGGGAACUGAGGGGGAGAAUUUCACAUGAAUAUAAAAGCUCUGUUUUUCUUUUCUUUUCUUUAGCAAAACCAUAGCUGAUUAAUAAGUUCCUUUUUGAAUCGAGAGAGUCACGAAUCGACAUUUUGCCUUUACUUUUUUUUCCAGCAUCCCGAGAGAAAUAAACAGGAAGGAAAUCAGACUGUCUUUUUUUUUUUUUUUUGUACAGACUGUCCAGACUUCACUCUUUUCAUUAUUAGUGUUACUUUGCAGAUGAUAUGCAGAAAAAUCAGGUUUUUCUUAUGCAAAAGUUUUCUAUGUUAUUGAAAUAGUUCAUUAUUUCGUAGUGUUUUGGACACAUCUACAUUGUGGUAACGUUGUUGUUGUAGUUGCGAUGUUCUGUUUGAGCUGGAAGCAUGUGUGUGUAUGUGCUCUCGAGCAAUAUUUGAUUUCCUCGUUGGACUGCUGCCCUAGCAGAGUCUGUAUCCCUGCGAGUGUCUGGUGCUUUCUUCAUUGAGAUGUCAACAUUGAUUAACUUUAUGGCAGCAGAGACAGUGGCGGGACUUUGCCGUCUCGUGGCGUUGCGUGUAGCAGACUAUUGAUCGUCAGCACGAGCGUGAGCAUGCAUUAACCCGGCGCGUGUGUGUAAAGUCUCUCGACCGUCCGAUUAGCCCGAGCCGCGGCUGACAGGUUGUGUGUUGGCGGAACUCUCCGCCUUCUGUUUGGGUUCCGUCAAGGUUUCGUCUGGCACAGAUCUGCGCUGCCUUCUGUCACCAUGGCAACAAGCUGGCAACUGUGAAGUCUAACAUUGAUGAUUCAAGUUGCUGUAAACUUUUAAGGUCACUCCGUCUCGCACCAUUUAGAUAAGAGCCGACUAGCAGAUUUCAAGGUGCUUGAAUUUUUUUUGUCUGUCUGUCUUGUCUUGUGUUGUCUUUUUUUUUUUUUUUUUUUAAGUUAAUAUCUGUCAUCAGUUGCAAAAAAAUAAAAACAGGAUUGCAAACAUUUUGGUCUUGGAGUCGACUACAGAGCACUUGUGUUGUAGUUAAACUCAGGUUUCAUCUUCGUUCUGGCGUGCCAACAAUAUCCAUCCCUGCUGGCAGAGGUUUGUGAAGGCAAGGUUUGUGGCUGCUUAUUAACCAAGCUUCCACUGAACCUGUCCCAUAAGCUGCUCCCUAUGCUAGCGAUAUAAUAUUACCAUCCUUGUGUUCUUCAUGCUCUCCUGAAGCAGAACGCCACUUUUUUUCACUUGCAGCCUCGCACAGUGAGGCCUUAUACAGACACUUUGGAUCUUUUACUUCUCUUACAACGGCUGACUUACUGGGACUUCAUCCACUCAUAAAUCCACUUUUUUUAUCUUGGAACAGGGAUUCUGCCAUAUUCUCGCUGAACAGGUGCUACAUCCGAGUUGCUGUGGUUCGACACUGUUCAAGGCUCAGUUCUACGUACUGUUUCUCUGUGUUUUUGUAAUCUUAUUGUUGAGUAUUUAACCCCCAUGAUUUUUUUUUUUUUUUUACGCCUUUUGUGUACGCCGUGCACCCGUCACACUUGGUCACAAACUAAGAACACAUUUUGUCACUGAUCUUUGCACAGAUUUGUGUGUGUGUGGGAUCUAUGUGCGUGCCAAGUCCAGCUCACACUCCAGGACUGCAUCAAGUCAUAUUACGUGCCGUGUAUGUGUAUGAGUUGGUGCAUUUAAUCAACUCUCAGUGAGGUCUCAUAAGCGUUUGCACUUAGUGGACCUCUUUAGAGCUGCACUGAAAAGACACUACGAGCUUAAUAAUAAGCUUGUUCAACUUUAUUACACUCCACAGCAACACCAGAGCACUACCAGAGCACUACCAGAGCAGUGUAGGUUCUAGGGGAAGUGCACGGGGCUGUCGCCUUGACGUCCAUUUCUCGUCUUGUCUCACUUGAACCGUUCUCUAACGGCAACAGACGAUAGAAUCAAUAUCGCUGAUUAAAGCCAUUGGUGCUCUGCUGAAACAAUCUGACUGACAAAUCUGAAGCUCCGUAUGUCAGAAAGCAGUCCGAUCUGAUGUUUUAGAUGUAAUGUUUAAGCAGAUGCUUGGCACUUUCCUAUUGGAACGGGGAAAGUGUCUGAGGACAUGACUGUCUAAAGAGCAAGAGUAAAGGUCAGCCAGCUGAAUUCUGAAGCGAGGAUACUGUUAGUCACCGAAAGUGCUUCUGAGGACUUGGUAAUAUAUGCAGUGGACUAGGACUGUGCUUCAUGCUCGUAGGACUGUUCUGCAUGUGCGCACGCACUGUUCCCGACUUUUCAGAACAGCUGGUAAAUAUAGACUGUUGUUUCUUUGCCAGAGGUUUCAUAAGUGUUUAUGUGAAGCUCCUGCUUUCUUGUAUUACGUGGGGUUUUUUUUCCUCAGGAAACUGAUUUAUUAAGACCUGCUCCAUUUGAGAGAAACGUCGCUCAGAUGGGAGGUGUCAUUUAGGAUAAUGAGCAAGUGAUUGAUUUUUCCAGUCCUCCCUUUAAUGAGUCCUCCCGUCGGAGAUCUCUUAGGGCAGAACUUCGGAUCGAGCCAAUCAAGUCUCAUUACGGUCGCACUGACAAGCUGCUGGUGAGAAGUCGUGUUCCAGAUGUUGGAAGAUGACAAACGAUAUAACUUGGCUCACACAGAUGUACAAAAUGGUGCUCUAAUUGUGUAACCUUUUAUAAUAGCCAUAUUUUGAUCUGAUUUCUAGAACAUUGGUAGAACAGUUUCAGGGCUCUCAAGGAUUAGUUUACCUUUUUCUAAAUCAGUCAUAUUUCUAUGUCUGUAAUUAUCUUAACAAUCUAGCUAUGUAACUUGGGGCUUGUUUUUCUUUGUUUCGAGUCUCUCAGUGAAAGAAUUUGGGUUAUUGACUAGCAAGAAACAAUCAGCGAAAGUGAAUAUUUGAAAGUCGACUUACUUUUUAACCAAAAGGAAGGAGGGACAAAGAGUCAGCCUGGAGAACGGGAAAGAAUACGUGGGCGGGGGAACGGGGGAGAGAGAGAUCAUCUGGAAGAAGCGGGCGAGCGUGAUCGAAAGAGAGCGAGUGAGGGAGAGGGAGCGAGAACGAGAGGAGGAGGAGAGGAAGAACGGGGCCCAGUACACAGUCUGGAGGUUAAGGGAGGGAUUCCAGGAGAGGAGGGAUAGAGAAGGGGAAGAACUGAAAGGAAAGGGUAUAGAAGGAGCACGAGAACCUCAGCCAGAAGUGAUUUGGAAGAGGCGAGAGGAAGAGGAGAAAGAGAGAGAGAGGAUACAGCUGGAAGACAGGGGACCCAGAAUCAUCUGGAGAAAGAAGGAGAGAGAAGGAGAAGUAAGAAGGAAUAUAUAUGUCGGUGACUUGAAACAAAAAGGCGAAAAAGAAGGGAAGCGAUCAGCCGAGUGAGCUCGAUCCAGACUAGAAUUGGUGCUUUCUGUCUUUUCUGUGUUCUUGAUCUGAAACUCGGUUCCUUUCCACUGCACUGUAAAGUUUACUGUAUUCUUUUAUCACAAGGACUGAUUUCUAUCAUUUAGCUCUUUAGGAUUUGAUUGGAAUGAUUUGUAUAUAGUGCUUUUAAACCAGGACAUGAGUCUUUAAACCACUGAGAUGUUAUGUACUUGGCUUUGUGUGAUUCUUUAAUCAGGAUCUUCUCAACCUUGAGGUAGAUUAUCCAGUGGUUCAUUGGUCUUUCACCUGUUCUCUCUCUCUCUCUCUCUCUCUCUCUCUCUCUCUCUCUCUCUCUCUAUAUUGAUCUGUCUCUGUCUAUUGGAAGCCUCUUCUCUUAGAGUCUCAGUUGCAGCUAAUAGUUUUUUAUGGGACUCUUUCAGAUUAGAGCUCUUAUAGCUUAGCCUAACUCAUCGAAACCAAAACACACCCCAAAUAUCUAUGAAUUUAUUAAGCUUUCUUUCAGUCAUGCACAUUUUACUGUAAAGUGCAAGGCCAUUAAAAGACACCAACAAACUGACAUUAAGAAGACAAUCAAGCUGAGGUUCUUCUCACUGGAGCUUAUGGUGCUCUAAUGAUGCGAAUAUAAAAUGUGAAUUAAUAUUUAUCUCUAUGCAGGCUAAGAUCUGAUGCAAACCCUCUCACACAGACGUUAACACACACACACCAACACUGUGUGAACACACUGAUGUCACAGUCUGCGUGAUUUGGAACAGGAAACACUUUUAUUCUCUUUACUACAUAGCCUUUCUCCCCCUCCCCGUUUCUCACAUCCUUCUUUUUUAAUGAACUGAGCUAACAGCAACACUGUCAUUUCUUUGGUCCAAAGAUGAAGGGAUCAGUAGACAGAGAGAAACAAGGAACUGUAACAGAAAAGAAAGGACCUGUUUGCAAUUUAUUCGAAAGAGACACUUGGAGAGACCUAAAGAGAACCUAAGGCCUGUUCAAUUCAGAGCUGAACUGCUAGACGAGUGGAAAAUGGAACUCGUCCCCAAAACUAAAUACACCCCUUUCAGGAGUGACUCGUUCAGUUCUACAGACGAGACGGCGUCUAAUCCUUCUCUCCCUUCCUCAGCCCCCCUCACCCCUCUUACUCCUCCGAGCAUUGCUUCAUCUCUGUCUUCCUCAUCGCUGGCCCCUAUCCUGCCCCCGACGUCCCCUCGGCCAGCUGAGAACAGCCCCACUACGCUGUGCUCCUUCUUUCCCAGGAUGGGCUCCCUGCGGCUGGGCAUGUCUGCCACCUUUCUCCCAGGCCUGAAAGCGUCCAGCAGGCCCCAGGAGACACCCAGCACCUCCUCCUCUUCCUCUGCUUCUCCUCCUCCUCCUCCUCCUGCUCCUAUUCUACUUCCUCUAAUGGCUCCCUCUCCUCCUCCUCGUCCCCCACAGGACAUGAACCGGCUUGGUGGCGCGUCGCGGAGGACCCGUGUGGAAGGGGGUCAGCUCGGGGGCGACGAGUGGACGCGCCAUGGCUCCUUCGUCAACAAGCCCACGAGAGGAUGGCUGCACUCGGACAAUGUGGUCUGCACUACUGGCGUCAGCUACACCGUUAGGUACAUGGGUUGCGUCGAGGUGCUACAGUCAAUGAGGGCGCUGGACUUCAACACCAGAACUCAGGUUACCAGGGAGGCAAUCUCAGUGGUGUGUGAGGCAGUACCAGGUGCCAAAGGAGCUCAACGCAGAAGGAAGCCUACAUCUCGGUGUAUGACCACUAUCCUAGGGAAGAGUAACCUCCGGUUUGCUGGAAUGACAAUCAACCUCACCGUGUCGACCAACAGCUUAAACCUACUGACCACCGACAGCAAACAGAUUAUCGCCAACCAUCACAUGCAGUCCAUCUCUUUUGCAUCGGGAGGAGAUCCAGAUACGGCAGAAUAUGUAGCCUACGUAGCCAAAGAUCCUGUCAACCAGAGAGCAUGUCACAUCCUGGAGUGUUCUGAGGGCUUGGCCCAGGAAGUGAUCAGCACCAUUGGACAGGCCUUUGAGCUGCGUUUCAAGCAGUAUCUGAAGAACCCCCCUAAACUUGUGACCCCACAUGACAGGAUGGCUCCUUUCGAUGGCUCACAAUGGGAGGAGGAAGAAGAGGACUGUGGCCCUCCCCUAGAGGUUCCAUAUUAUAAUAACUUUCCCGGGAAACAGCCGCCCCCAGGAGGCCUGGUGGACAUGAGAACUCGUCCUGGACACAGCACAGGAGCCACACUACCGUAUGGUCAGCCUGGAAUAAAUGACAUCCAUAAGCAACCUCUGCCUCCACUACCAGUUGGAGCAAAAGAAGGCGGCCUGUUUGAUGACCCAUCAUAUGUCAAUGUGGACAAAUCCCGCCCCCAAGUGGCCGCAGCUAAUGGUAGUUCUCACCGAGAUGCUUUUGACAUGAAGCCAUUUGAUGAUGCCCUGACCGUGUCGGGCACAAUGCCCCCUCUGGCUCAGCAGCUGCAGAGUGAACCCUGGUUUCACGGUCCCUUGAGCCGCAAGAUGGCAGAGAAACUGCUGAUCAAAGAUGGCGACUUUCUGGUGCGUGAGUCAAGUACCACGCCAGGCCAGUACGUGCUCACAGGCCAGCAGGGUGGCCAGCCCAAACACCUGCUGCUGGUGGACCCGGAAGGAGUGGUCCGUACCAAAGACCAUCGCUUUGAAAGCGUCAGUCACCUGAUCAGUUAUCACAUGGACAACCGACUGCCGAUCGUAUCUGCCGGAAGCGAGGUGUGCCUGCAGCAGCCAGUGGAACGCAGAGCCUAAGUGUCACACACACUAUUCUUCUCCUGCCAUGGUGUCUCCUUCCUUCUCAAACUCUCGCAAUUCGACUUUUUUCCCAGAGAUUUUCUUGCUUUUUUCCACAGAGAGGAUGAGCAACAAAAAGCAAGUAACAAAGUGAGCUCUGUGCUUUGUCAAUCCGUAACGAAGCUUGGAAGUGAUGCGAUCACUGGACUUAUGGACCAAGAGAAAUUCACAGCCUUCAGAUUAAGCUGUAAGAAUAAAAGCAAGAUUUCAAUGGGGGGAAAAAUGAGCCAAAAAAAAGAAAAUCCAACAGACUGGUGUAUGGCUAGGUAUGGUGUAAUGUGAUGUCACUUCCCCUAUAAAGUUGAGUGUGAGGUGUCUGGGAAUCAAAGACUCGAAAGACUGUCAGAUUGGUUUCAGUAAUUUGUUCAUUAAUUCACUCUCAAUGCACUGGUUUCUUCAUCCAGAAUCAUUGUCAGAAUUAACAUGUUCUUCAGGAUCCAACAGGUAGAUCACUCCCAAUCUCCUACUUGGAAUUGUGCAUUUCUGCCCUAGUUGUUCCUAGAUGUAUCUCCCAUUUACUAUUUGGGAGUGUUCCAAGACCACAUAUCAUUCUAUAUGCAAAGAGGAAUAAAUUAUAUUCUGUAGAUUAUAGAUAUAAUAAAGAAAAAAGAAAAAAACAGUACCAGAUGUAAACAAAUAAGAGUAACAUAUUUACUUUCAUUGAAACGGUGAACUGGUUAAGGAGCAGAGAUCAGGAUCUAAAGAAACACAACACACACAUCCAGAACCCCACAAUCUGCAAAAAAUGGACUCGAUGAAAGAGGCCCAGAGCGAUGGACUGUAUGAAGAGUUGCUCUAAGCUUAUCAGGACUCAAAAAAGGGGAAAGAGAAAGUCAUAUCCUGUUGUGGUGAGGAUUUCCUCUUCGAGAGCACCUGUAUCAUGAACUUUUGUUUUGUUUUGAUUUUUCGAGCUGUAUAUUUCACUUCUUUUUAUGUGUUCGCCUUGACAAUCUGUCUCCAUGUGUAAUUGAGUUGAAGUGUAAAAAUGAUGAGACUCAAAACGUGUAAGAAGACAUAAAAGAAAAGAUAGGGGUGCUAAAAUGAAUUCAGAUAUGAUAACAUGUUGCAUAUGAUGCAUAUUUCUGAACUUGAGGAACAUUCAAUUGAUAUGAAGUCACUCAUAUUUUAUUGCCUCCACCCUAUAAUCAAGGAAAAGAACACACACCAUUUUUUCCUGUUCCUAUUUGAAUUGUGCCUUUUCACACAACAAAGCCACAUCAUUAGGAUGCAGUCGAAGUAAAAAAUGAAAACUCAAGAACUUCAUCGGUGUUCAUAAUGUUUUUUCUGCCAAAAUUCCUACUCAAGUGCAGUUCAAUUUGCUCCAGGUUUUAGACUAUGGCAAUCUUAGUUGUUUUCUUGCACAUUUCUCGUAAUCCUGCUGGUAAAUAGUGCUUAUGUUUUAGUGCUGUGACUUAAUGAAAACUUCUAGCUAUUGUUUUAUUCCGUUUCUUUGCUUGUGAUAUAGUUUGUUUGUUUUUUCGCUUUUGAAAAACGGCUUACCUGCUUCCUAAAAUGUACAUAGAUUUCACACAAUGUUCAGAAUUCUUGUAAAAUCACCCAAGACCCAGACUGGAUGAGGCCAGACAGCCACGUUAUUAAUGUCCGCAUCGAUUGAGGAAGAAAGAAACCAAUUAAAACGAUGAUAGUGAGUUUUAUUCUUUGAUAGAUUUACUAAACCAUAAAUUCACUGCAGGGUUUGAGUUUAUCUCCAAAUGUACCACUCAAGAGCAAAGAUGUUUGUAAUUGGAAAUGUGAUAUCAUCAUGAUUAGUUGGACUGGAUCUGUACCAGGCAUAUUUGGGCUGAUAUUAGGCCGACAGUGAUGAUGUGUAGGGCAGGCAGACUCAUGUCUGGGGCUCAGUUUGCCAUCUUAAAUUAUUUGACGACUUCGCUCCAUGGGUGUAGUCAAAAAUGUGACUGGUGCAGUGCCAAGUGCAGUCUACCCAGGUGUGUGGGUGUGAUGGAAAGUCCUGGAACAAUCUGGCCUACUCAGUCUCACUGAAUCCUCCUCAGUGUUGCAUGGAAACCUUACUGCAGUUUUUGUGUUAUAGUGACAGUGUUUCUCUCUCUCUCUCUCUCUCUCUCUCUCUCUAUCUUUGGUGUGCUCACCUUAUGACUGAUUGUGGGUUGUUGUUCUUUUUGUUGCAUUUUCUAGGCCAAAGGUUUAUUUUGCCUUACCAGCACAAGACUUGUUUUUUAAAUGUUGCCUUUUCUUUUUGAUUUAUUUUAAUAUGCCUUUACUGUUCUUUUUUUGGGGGGGGGAGUACAUGUUUACAUAUGUAUCUGGAACUAUAGAUUGCAUAUAUAAAUGCGUUAUCAGACAA